UCACCAACCUUUCAAUUUGCCUUCUUCUUUCCCCUGAAACUGCUCAUAAUCCUUCUCUCCCCGACUCUCUCUCUCUCUCUCUCUCUCUCUUUCUCUGUAAACCCCUCCUUAAACCCUUCUCUCCUCCUCCUCUUCCAUGGAAUCAUCCAUGGCAAAGUUCCUGCCUUUCUCGAUCCUUUUGACGUUUCUAGCCACUAUAGCUCUCAUGAGCCUCUGUCCGCCCCUUGCGGCCGCCGCCGACGGCGACGGGUCGAUCCACGAGCUCCUGCGCGAGCACGGCCUCCCGGCCGGGCUCGUCCCAAAGACGGUCGAGUCGUUCGACCUCGAUCGGGAGUCUGGCCUUCUCGAGGUCCGGCUCGAUGGGCCCUGCUACGCGAUGUACGACGAGCUCGCCUACUUCGACCAGGUGGUUCGCGGCAACCUCAGCUACGGCGCGCUUCGGGGAGUGGAGGGCUUCUCCCAGGAGGAGCUCUUCCUCUGGCUCCCCGUGAAGGGGAUUCUCGUCUCCGAUCCGUCGUCCGGCGUCAUCCUCUUCGACAUCGGCGGCCUCGCCCACAAGCAGUUGUCCCUCUCGCUCUUCGAGGAGCCACCGUACUGCCAGCCGGUGGUGCGACAGGUCGUUGGUGAAGGGCUUGUUGGUAGAAGGGGUGGAUUCCCAGCCCGGAGAUGAACUUAGAAGAGAAGCUACGGCCUCUCUUUCUUGCCUCAAACCUUAUUCUCUCUCUAACCGGAUUUCGUGAUGUAAAAAGGCACAUAGUGGAAUUUAAUAUCUGAUAGACUGCUUCUUCCCUUCACCUCUACGCAGUCCAUUGCUGUCAUAUGUUAUGGGGCACGGUUUUUAGUAUGUUUUGGGACUACAUUAAACCAAUGAAGUUUUGAGAUGAAUGGUGUGAUGUGUGUUAGCAUAGUUCCUUGUACAUAUACAGCUUUAUAUUCACACUCGUGGUGGCUUAAUUUGUGAUGGCUGGUGAUGAUAUAAUAAUAUAAGCCGGUUUAAAUGAUC